AUUUCACUACAGCUUGUGGCCAAAAACACAGAUAAGCAAAACAAAAUUCCUUCUUCUCAACAUUGAAUAUACCAUUUUCAACUUAUUAUUGUUGUGUGAGAGAAUGAAAAUGUCAAAGGGAGGUGAGAUUGAGAAGGUGGUGGUGAUCCAAACAUGCAUAGAUUUGAGUUGGAGUGAGAUGAAAUGGUUGCUCAAUGCUUUGCCUAUAAACCAUGGAGAUGAAGUCAUAUUUCUUGGAGUCUUCCAACUCACUAAUCCUUCUACUUCCUCUUUCCUUUCUGCUGCUAAAAUUUUGGGAUACAAGGGCAAAGAGGAUCCAUAUAAAAAUGGAUCAAUGAGAAAAUUGUUGGAGGAAGAAAGGCGAAAAAAGAAGGAAGAAUACAGGCAAAAUAGUGGGAUCAUCAAGCUGCAAGAAAAGCUUCAAUUAGAGAAAAAGGUUAAAGUGAAUGUGGAGGUAGCCGUUUGUACGUCUCGUAGGGUAGCUGGCGUUAGAGCUGUCAAAAGGUUGGGAGCCACUUCUAUCAUUCUCGACAGGGAGAUGAAGAAAGAGAAGCAAUACUUUAUGGAUAGGGUAUCAUGUGGGAUCUCAAGUAUGAAAAGCAACAACACCAUUGUUAAGAUUAGAGGCCCCAUCAAUAGACAUGUAUCCUAUGAUGAAAUGAUACCUUCUUACUCAUUUGAAGAAAUAUCUCCCACAAAAUCUCUAGGAAAAAGCUCAUUUGAAGACAUCUCUCCCACAAAAUCUCCAGAAAAAAGCUCAGCAAUAUGUAGUUACUCUGUGAUUGAAGAUGACUCCAAGUUCAUAGGUUCAACUUCAAGUUCCAAAAAUGAAGCAUCCAUGAUCAAGAGAGGCAAUGAGAAAGGCAAUGAGAAUUACAAGUUGAAGGAGUUUGAUAAUCCAAUGUGCUCAGUGUGCAAGAACAGAAGGCCUAAAAUGGGGAGCAGGCACAGAGAGCUGAGCUAUGCAGAGCUCGACGAGGCGACAGACGGGUUCUCGGGCAAUAACUUCAUCUCCGAGGGUGGAUUCGGGCGGGUGUACAAAGGGAGGCUGAGAGACGGGCGGAGAGUGGCCGUGAAGCGGCUCAAGGCCGCGAGCCUUCAAGGGGAGAAGGAGUUCAAGAGUGAGGUGUAUGUGCUGAGCCAAGCAAGGCAUCAGAAUGUUGUGAUGCUGCUGGGAUCAUGCACGCAGGGGGCUCAUAGACUCCUCGUCUAUGAGUUCAUCUGCAACGGCUCCUUGGAAGAUAACCUCUCGUGGGGCCUCACGUGGGAGCAGAGGAUGAAGAUCGCCAAGGGAGCCGCCCGAGGGCUCGCCUACCUGCACGAGCGCAACAUCGUGCAUCGAGACAUGAGGCCCGGGAACAUCCUCAUCACUCAUGACCAUGAAGCACUGGUGAGCUGGGCGGAUUUCGGGCUGGCGAAGGAGCAAGACGAGGGUGCUAAAUCUUCAUCUGGGGUGGUGGGGACUCUUGGAUAUGUAGCACCAGAAUAUGCAGAGUGUGGGAAAAUGUCUGAUAAAACAGAUGUAUACUCAUUUGGAGUGGUGUUGCUGCAGCUUAUUAGUGGGCUCAAAACAACAGAUGAGAUAUCUGGUGGGAAGAGCCUUGUGGGAUGGGCAAAGCCACUUUUGGAAGCCAAAAACUAUCCAGACCUAAUUGAUUCAAGAAUUUUGGAGUGCCAUGAUGUGCACCAGCUUUUCUGGAUGGUGCUUGCUGCUGAGAAUUGUCUCAAACAAGAUCCUCAUGAGAGGUUCACAAUGAAGCAGGUAGUGAAUUACUUGAACUGCAAUAAAGAAGACAAUACCAACUUCAUUAUAGACUUAGACUUUACAUAAACACAAAUUGAUGCUCAUUGGCGUUGAGGUGAAGGCAGCAGCAUCUCUCCAUUUCUCAACAAUUUUUUUUUCUUUUUUUUUUCUUUUUACUUUUCCCUUGGAGAUGAGAUAUUUGUCUAGUAUAGUUUUUUUUUUAUCUAGGGAUAAUUGCCAUAAAAUACACGGGUUUUGUAUUAUUAUUGGAUUUGCACACGACUUUUAAAAAUGAAGAGGAGAGAUGUCCGUGUUGUUUAUA